AAAAAUAUUAAACAAUGAAGAAAGYGAAAAGCAAAAUGCAGACAGACCAAACGUGAUUAAGAGAUAAAGAAAUGGAGAUGAUGACUGAGAAACAGAGAGAUGCCAGGUAUUUCUGGAACAACACCCCUGAAAAAGGUGACUAUGAGGCUGUAGAAGCCCUUAUAUCUAUGAGUUGCAACUGGAAAUCAGACUUGAAAAAAUAUGUAGAUAUGAGACCUAUCACUCCAGCAUCCGAUAUGUCGGAAGAGAGCGAUGAGACUCUGCUCCCCGGAGCCRCCGACUUCAGUGCUAUCCCGGCCUUUUGCCUGACGCCGCCGUACAGCCCCUCGGAUUUCGAGAUGUCGCAGGCGCCGCCGGCGGCGUUGGAGAGCGGGCGGCCCCCGCGCCGCGACGCGCAGGGCUCCGCGUUGGCGCCCAGGCCCCCCAAGGCGCAAGCGACCAGCGUCAUCCGCCACACGGCCGACGCUCAGCCCUGCGACCGCCGGCUCUGCCCCGUCAGGGCGGCCGCUGUGCUCCAGUCCGCGGGCGGCGGCGCCGGGGCGGCCGGGGACGAACGGAGCCGCGAGGAGGCUCACGCGMCCGCCGGCCCCUUGCUGCCUCUGGAGGGAAGAGCCGCGGAUGCAGCUGUGGGACCCGCGGCGGCAAAGCCUGCGCUCGGCAGGGCCGAAGCUGCUCCCGGAGCCGCGCAGCCGUCGGCGGCGCCCCUGUGCCCUGCUGGAGGGAGUGGAGCCGCCGCCGUGCCCGUCCUCUGCCAGAUGGUGCCCCUGCCCGGCAGCAGCCCCGUGGUGACGGCGGUGGUGCCCGGCGCGGCGCCCAGCCACGCGUCGGCCCUGUGCCAGCCCAUGGUGCUCAUGGGCGCCCCGGUGCCCAAAGGCGCUGUGAUGUUUGUGGUGCCCCAGCCCGUGGUGCACAACGCCAAGGCGCCCGUUAUCAGUCCCAACGGCACGAGACUCUCUCCCAUCGCCCCUGCUCCGGGCUUUGUUCCUUCCGCGGCAAAAGUUGCCCACCCGGUUGAUUCCUCAAGAAUAAGGAGUCACGUCUGCAGCUACCCGGGAUGUGGGAAAACCUACUUCAAGAGCUCCCACCUGAAGGCCCACGUCAGAACACACACAGGAGAAAAGCCCUUCAGCUGCAGCUGGAAAGGCUGCGAGCGGCGCUUCGCGCGCUCCGACGAGCUCUCCCGCCACCGCCGCACGCACACGGGCGAGAAGAAGUUCGCGUGCCCCAUGUGCGAGCGGCGCUUCAUGCGCAGCGACCACCUCACGAAGCACGCGCGGCGCCACCUCUCCGCCAAGAAGCUGCCCAGCUGGCAGGUGGAAGUGAGCAAGCUGGGCGACGCGCCCGCGCAGUGAGAGCCCGCGCC